AUGAGUGUCUUUGUCAUCCCGCACUCGGGCAUGUACCAUGGGAAUUUUGAGUUCGCCGUGGUAAUGAGCGGCAAGCAGCCGUCAAAGCUGAAGGUGUCGGUGUAUGACGAGCAGCAGAAGCGCGUUGUCUACAGCACGAAGGACACGUGGCACUCCGGCAGAAAACUUGCGCUGCCACCCGGGGAGUACUGUGUGCGGGCGGAGUUGGUGGCGCCGCGCCUUGAUGGGUCAAACCUUCUCCUCGACGCGGUUGAGAUGCGCUACUCGGUUCUUCACAGCGACAGGGGGGCGUCGCCCUCGUCGACGCCGCUGUCGGGGCACAUACUGCGGGAUGAGUUGGCGUCGUCGGGCAGUCACCUGCGGCUGCGGAGCCCAAUGUCGGCCGAAGACGCAGCGCCGGUCGCCGCGCGGGCGGAUGUCGCGAAUGGGGGGGAGUCGGCGAGUCGCUUUGGCUCAUUUCCGCCGUCGCGGCGGAGCAUGUCGGAGGUGAACGUCCGCGCCUCCUCCUUCGCGGGCAACAGCACUCGGGAGGAGGCGGCGGACGUGUGGCGCAGCUCCUCCCGCGCGACCCCCAACGCGGCGCUUCAGUGCCUGCGCGACCCCACACCGGCGCAGGCGCUCCAGGCCUUUUCCGAGGCGCCCUCAAGGCGGGCAACGCCGUUUGUCGCGAGAAACGCGCUGGGUGCGGCUGGCACGGCGAAGCAGCAGCAGCCGGCGUCGUCCUCCGCGGCGGAGGCGCGCCGGUCGCCCACCCCCCACCCGCUCGAGCCCCCGGCCGAAGAAGACACACACCCCACCGUCGGCGCAGACCCGCAGCACGCCACGUCGUGGCUGUGGAAGCUGUCCCCAACGCCAGUCAACGAGGCAAAGGCGGCGGCGGUGGCGAGAGCCUCGCCGGGGUCGGCUGAUGCAGCGACCGCCGACGAGCAAAUUUCCGGGGCGCGGACUGCCGAUGGGGGUGCUCUUGUUGCGACACCGCCGCAGCAGCAGCAGCAGCAGCACUCGGGCGACCGCGCCGAACCCGCCCGGAUGUCAACGCGGCCCUCUCCCCCCUCUGGAACCACCGCACGCCCCCGCCCCAGCGAAGUGGUGGGUGUUCGUCCCGCGAAUCCGGAGAUGCCGCAGGAGCGGUCGUGCGGCGCCGCCCAUACAGUGCCUCUGUCGCACACCUUGACGCCAGACAACCUCCUGGGCAGAAAAACCCACCUCUCACAUCGGGACUGGACGCCCCUCGUCGUGCGUGCUGAACUCGUCCGUGACAGGGAAGAAAAGAAGAGGAGCAACUCACCAGAGAGGCAGAGUGUCCAGAAUCAGCAAAGCACUGCCCAACCUGUGAUGCCGACUCCUCUGACUGGGUCCACAGUACGGCAGUUGAAAUCUUCCACCGCCCUGGUGACAAGGGAUAACAAUGAGAGGUCGCCAAACCGGAGCAGUGCGCAAGUCCAAAGCCCGCGUCUGUCCUCUGGGAAACACGGCUCCAAGUUUGUUAUUCCACCUCCUGACUUUAUUGAUGUGCAUAAGCCAUUUUGUCUGGCGCUUGCCUUUGGUGCUGCAAAUGCAGAACCAAAGACAGACGCCGUUUUUCUCCAUGUGCUUCUGGAGGCGGAGGUGGAAGCUGGAGUUAAACCGCAGGAGCCUGUGGUUUGCGUGACCCCCGCCACCUUUGCCGCAAUCCCAACCCGGGCACAAGGCAUCAACUACCACUGGGUGUGUUCGCCGUCGAUACGUGCAAAUGAGCGAAGUGGCCUGAUGGAUAUGCUGGGCGACGUGACAGGGAAGGCACACACUGCCGUAGCCAUCUCCACGGCGUGCGUGGGUCCUUCCUGCGACGGCCAAACGCUCUCUGGUCUCCAGUUCGUGCUCGACAGCCUUGACGGGGAGACCUCGUCGUGUCAGUUUUUCGUGUCCUUCCGCGAAGUUGAGGAAAUGAGCAACGAGGACGAGGCAGCCGCCGUACAGGAUGGUAUUCUCACCGACAACAGCGACGCUGCGACCCCCGCCACUGGGCGGGACAGAAACCGGCAACCACCGACGCUGGACGAACGCGCCCUGGGCGCCGAGUUUAUAUACAACUCGCUGCCCUGCAUUCGCUGCGUCGUCGACGGGGGUGGUGAAAUGGCACUUGAGGUUCACCGCAAGAACGUUGUGGUGGCGCGUGAACCCGUUUAUAAUGGGUCCCGUGUCGCCAUGUACUUUGGAACCACCACAGCAAAAGUUUCUGCCGCCACCAGUGGAGAUGGUGACAGUGCCGGCGCUGGGGAACAGCAGCCGUAUCUUUCUAUUCUUGUGGAUUAUCGAACCGUGUUCUGCUACGUCAUUCGUUCCGAGCGGGGGCUUGACGCCCUCCGCGUCAUCAUGAUGAGCCGCGUGGAGUCAUCGUCGAUGGUGGAGAGUGGCGCGGGCGCGCGCAUGCGGCUACGGGAGCUGGAGCUCUUGUCGCACCAACGCCGGCUUGUGGCCUUCGCUGACGAGGUGCGGCUGGACGACGCCAAGGCAAGCCAACUAAGCAACGGCAGUCGACGAGGACAAUACGAAGAAGGAGGAGGGACAAAUCAACCUUGGGUUGGAGCGCCUUGCUUACUGUCAGCGUGGGUUGCCGGGGAGAGCCCCGGCAUGUGCGCCUGGCGGCGUGUGACACUUGUUUGA